UAUUUCUCCCUGAUGAUGGAGGACAGUGACACUUUCUUCUCAGCUACGAUGAGUACAAACACAGAGACGGGUACAGACAGUCAAGGCUCARCCUCUGACCCCUGUGUGAAGGUCCCUGUGGAGCACCUGGAUUACGAUUACAUUGACAAAUGCAAAGAUGUAAAAUACUUGGAGAAGAUAUUGAGAGUACUCAGGUCUGGUAAAGACGGCCUUUAUCCUCAGCURAUUACAUUCUGUGAGAGUCACUUGGAGAAGCUGAAUCCUAAGAGCAGUGCUCUCAGGAAGGAAAAUCCUGCAGCCACAGCAGCCAGCUUCUCUAAAGAUGAGUGGAGCCAAAUCAUUGAUGAAUUAAAGGCAUGGGAAGAAGAAACCAAAAUAACUGAAACUUUCAUUAAACAAGAGUCAAUGUUGUGUGAUUCAAUGAAAAAGAAAAUACCACCUGUAAGGAGUUCCAAUUGUUUUGUCCCACUCUCUGAGAAUUCAGCUCCAAAAGAAAAAAGAAAUCCCUUGAAACUAUCUCCUCCCCGGUAUUAUUGGGAAUGGGACAAGUUUGAUGUGGAAAAAGAGUGUGACAGAAUAGAUGGGAAUGUGAUCAAAAACGACCCACCAGCUAUUCUAAACACGGGACAUCCUAAAAUCAAGAAGGAAGUGGUUUGCUCAUGGCUAUCAGAGCAGGAAAAGCUCCUUCUAGCAAAUCGUGAAAAAGACAAAGGCAACGAAGCCUUCAGAGCACAUGACUAUGAAGAGGCGGUUGCAUACUACUCCAGAAGCCUUUCAGUUGUUCCCAGUGUUAGUGCAUACAACAACAGAGCUCAGGCAGAGAUCAACCUGAAGCAUUGGCACAAUGCCAUGAGGGACUGUCACCAAGUGCUCCAGCUACAACCAGGCAAUAUAAAAGCUCUGCUGCGCCGUGCAACUGUUUAUAAUUAUUUGGGUCAAUUCCAACUGGCCUCUGAAGAUCUGAGGAUGGUGUUGAAGAAAGAGCCACACAACACUGCAGCCACUAAGAAGAUGUUAAAAUGUCUGUCAGAGCAGCAGCAACGAGGCAAGCAAAUCCUCAUCCAGGAAGUCGAAGAAGAAAACGGCACCAGUUCCACAGAGGAGCGAGCUCCACAGAUCGCUCGUCCGGUUCAACCCAGCCAGCCUGUGGGAGGGGAGGAGAGCUCUGCUGCUCCUGCCGAACAGGGAGACAUGGGCAACGCUCAGAAAAAGCCCCACAGCAGGGGGGAUGGGGGUCCACAAACUGAGUCCAGCAACUCCCACCAUCAUGGACACUGGAAGAGCAAAGGGGGCAGCUCAGACAAGUACAAAGUCCCACAGGAGUCAAAGGAGAAGGUGGCCAACGGUUCCAAUCAGGCGGCAUCGACAGCUUCAGUGCCGGGUGAUCGUAGCAGUGCAGGUGGGGGGAAAACAGAAGAAAGUGUCAACCUCGAUGCUCCGAGUGGAGCCCUGCCACCACAUUUGUCCCGGCUAAAGAACGAAGGGAACCUGCUGUUUAAAAAUGGACAGUUUGCUGAUGCACUGGAGAAAUACUCACAGGCCAUUCAGGGAUACUCAAACUCAGGUAUUGAUAGUCCAGAGGAUCUAUGUAUUCUGUAUUCUAACAGAGCUGCGUGUUACCUGAAGGAUGGAAACAGUCAAGACUGCAUACAGGACUGCACGAGAGCCCUGGAGCUGCAGCCGUUCUCCUUAAAGCCCCUCCUGCGUCGAGCUAUGGCUUACGAGUCCCUGGAGCGCUACCGAAAGGCCUACGUGGAUUACAAGACCGUCCUGCAGAUCGACAGCAGUGUGCAGGCAGCCAACGACAGCGUCAACAGGAUCACCCGGCUGCUGAUCGAGCAGGACGGCUCAGAGUGGAGAGAGAAGCUUCCAGAGAUCCCCCUGGUGCCUUUGUCGGCCCAGCAGCACCGCAGAGAGGAGCCGCCGAGCGCCGAGGUCCUGCAGGCCCGGGCAGAAAAGGCUGCCAGGGAUGCAGAGCGCAGAGCAGAAGUCCUUUUCUCARCUCUGAAGCAAGAAGGGAAUGAAUUUGUGAAGAAGGGCCAAUACCAGGAAGCUCUGGGGAAGUACACAGAAAGCCUUAAGUUAAAGCCAAAGGAGUGUGCCGUCUACACCAACAGAGCUCUGUGCUUCCUGAAGCUGGAGAUGUUCUCCGAGGCCAAGCAGGACUGUGACGCAGCCCUGACCCUGGAGCCAGCCAAUAAGAAGGCUUUCUACAGACGAGCCCUGGCCAAUAAAGGCCUGAAGGACUACCUGGCCUGCAGCUCAGACCUGCAGGAAGUCCUGCAGCUGGACCCCAACGUGCAGGAGGCCGAGAAGGAGCUGGAGGAGGUGACGGUGCUGCUCAGACAGAGCCUGGCCAGUUCUUCACAAGCCAAACCCAGGAGGAGCGUCCCAAUCACAGAGGUUGGCGACGACGAGGACCAGUCAGCCGUUCCUGACUUGGGGACCACCCGCACAGGAGAGGACCCCACCAUCAACCUCAAACCCACCAGCGCCUACGACUUCGGCCAGUCCCUGAACGCAGCACGCCGCAGCAGGAACACGGUGGCCUGCGCUGAGCUGCUGGCCUCCACGUCACCAGAGCUGCUCCCUCAGUACCUCGGCUCCCAGCUGGACGCCAACACCGUCGGCUUCAUGCUUCAGGCUCUCCACUCACACUUAGUGGAGAAGAAUCCAGACCUGGUCUACCAGCACCUGAGCUACCUGCACACUGCUGACAGGUUCCCUACGGUGCUUAUGCUGCUGGAGGAGGACGAGCGGCGCCGCCUGACUCGGCUGUUUGAGCGCCUCUCGGCUGCGGGGAGCUCAGAGUUCACCAAGAACGACGUUCAGAAUCUGGCCAACAAAUAUAUCUGACCCCACCCCCCCCACGCGCUCCCACCCGCCGCCGCACGAGCUGUCACCUCUUCUUACGGUUUGGUUUAUGCAAAACAAGAAGCGAGUCCACAGGAAGCUGCGGGACGUGUCCACGGCUGGAGGACAGAUCUGAUGUAGAACUCAGUGUGUUUUUAUUUCUCUCAGAAAUGUUGCUCAGCAGACUUUGUGUUUGUCCCAGCUUUCAUCACUAGAGUCAGCCGGCAGCAGGGGCACGGUGGGACUCCACAUUAACGUACUCAGAACUAGGAUUAUUUAAAGUUAAACUCCAGUGGUUUUUCCACUACAGAUGAAUUUACAGGAGAGGCUCACGUCGCCACGUUUGAACUCAGCAGAGUUUUYCAAAGCGACACUUUAAACCGAGUCGUUUGAUAAAAGAAGGACUCGUUUAGAUUUUUACUGGGCUCAAACAGAAAAGGAGCCAAAGUAAGCGUUUCCCACUCAGUUUUCGUGCUUUAGCACCAGCAAACACAAUGUCGCUUUUUAUUCAGACCAUUUGAACUGUGAGGGACUGAGGUCUGAUGUGGUAGCAGCUGGAAGUCGUCUUCAACAGAGACUCAGAGCUGAUCUGAGUCUAAACGUGCAGCAGGCCUCAGCAGGGAGGGCCGGGCCUUUAAACAAGCUAUGCAACGAGCCGAGGCGUUGAACACGCAUCCUUCUUAUCGGCAGGUGUUUUGUCUUAAUGUGGUCCUGACUGUAGGAUCACUCCUGAGCGAAGCAGCAUCUUUAACAGAUGUUGUGCCUUUCCUUCAGUCCACGGGUCGACCUCCGCUGUUUCACUCAUUCUACAAAUACUCUUACAGGAAAAAAAAUUUUUUUUGUCAUUCUCUAGCUUUAAUUAAAGAUUAAAUGUGUUUGGAUUUUUGCAUCUUAAAUUAUACAUACAUUGUCAUAGCUGUAUGCAAAUAAAGUUAUUUUUGCUAAUUUAAAUCAUAUGUUUAUUGAUUAUUAAAUAUUAAAAACUGAGGGCUAUGUAAAUCCAGACUAUAUGUUUUUAAGUGUUUUUUUUUUUUUAUGAAUUUGCAAAGUUCCAGGAUAUAAACUGGGAAAGAGAAGCAAUAAUUGAACUGUUCAAGGCUGGUCAACAUUUGAUGUAAUCUGUUGCAUAAAUAAUCAACAAAAGCCA